AGGCUCAGUACUACACUACACCUCAAGUUGUGCGGAAGUGAAACUACGAGCUCUUCAAAUGGGUCGUAGUCGAACCCCAUCUCCAGGUAGACGGAGAGAUCGGUCUCGCGAGAGAGACAGGGAUCGUGACCGACGAAGAAGACGAUCCAGGGACAGAAGGCGAAGAUCUGGCGAUCGGGAUAGAGUUAAGUCACGAGAACGUGAUAGAGAGCGCGACAGGGAGCGCGACAGACAUAGAAGAUCUUACAGCAGAUCCAGAUCCAGGGACCGAGAAAGACCUAAACCAAAAUUUAAGCCUCCUACUGCCGAACGUCCCAUUAUUACAGAGGCUGAUCUCCAAGGAAAAACUCCUGAGGAACAGGAUAUGAUGCGUUUAAUGGGAUUCUGCGGAUUUGACACAACGAAAGGUAAAAAAGUCGAAGGCAAUGACAUUGGAGCUGUCCACGUUAUCCUUAAACGAAAAUAUAGACAAUACAUGAAUCGCAAAGGUGGUUUUAAUAGGCCACUCGAUUUUGUUGCGUAAACAGCAAUCUAUUUAUCACUUUUAAAAGUGUUUGUAUUCCUGAGAGUGAAGAAUACAUUAUUUUUUUUUACUUACUAAGUAUAAUGUAUAGUUAAUACAUUAAUGUAUAAUAGAUAUAAUAUUAAUAAUAAUAAUUAACGGACAAA